AUGACCGACAAAAUUAGGAGAUUACUAUUCCCAUCUUCACUUCAAGAGAUGGCAGCAUGGGCAGAUAUCUACAAAGAUGAAGAGAAACAUGAUAAAUCAAGAAACAACAUCCUCAUCUACAAGCAUGUCUCUGAAAAUGACACAACCAUGGUCUUUCCAGUUGUGAUCCGGCUGCAUGGCAUUUUAGAGCAAUUUCGUGUGGACCACUUCGGCAAUUGGUCUAGACUAAUAAGAAUUCACAGUAAAGUCGAUGAUGUUCAGCGAGUGGUUCAAUACAUCCAUCUUUCACCUGGAGGACAUGAAGCUGCUUGGAAUGCAACAAUUGCCUCCCUCAACCUUGCUAACGACUAUGUGAGCAGGCGGUUGGGUAUACUUAUGCAAGAAAUUGUAAACAAUGGGUGUAUGUACUUGCAGAGACGUGUAUUUUAUAAGGUAAACACCACAAGAGCAUCUAAAGAACCUCGCCUCAAACCAGAAGAUGAUCCGGCAGAAAACUUUUAUCGCAUUCAAGAAUGGUGGAGUGUUGCACAAGCAUUGCAACUGGCAGAGUUGACUGCAGAGGGUAAAAAGGUACCAAUCAAUGCCAUCCUACUGACUGAAGGAGAUUUUGUUGAAGUCAGUGUCAAACUUGACUUUGUGGUGAAUAGAAAUAGGAACACAAGGACCACCAUCAAGUGUUUCCUUACAUGCACUUACAUGGUGCGAAUGAUGCCCGCAAGGGAAGUCCAAAAUCAAGAACUGGUAGGUAACAAUACUUGUAAAUAUUAA